CUCCCAGUCCCUCCAUCCCCAAAUCCUUCACGACCUGAAAACCCUAGAGAGAGAGAGAGCGGUCUCCUCGUGCUCCAAUGGUUUUUCCGAUUCCUGCAAUCCGCCACUGAUUCGGUCGGUUUACAGUUGGACGAAGAGGUGAAAUCAUGUCGGAGGUGGGGCAAGAGACCGUGGAUUUCGCUGCCCUGGUGGGCCGCGCCGCCGAGGAAUCGUACGGCUCACUGAAGGAGCUGGUCGAGAAAUCCAAAUCGUCGGAUGCGAUGUCGGAUUCCGAUAAGAAGAUUAUGAUAUUGAAGUACAUUGUGAAGACGCAACAGAGGAUGCUCCGACUCAAUGUCCUUGCUAAGUGGUGCCAGCAGGUUCCCCUGAUACAAUACUGUCAGCAACUUGCAUCAACUCUGUCAAGUCAUGAUACUUGCUUCACACAAGCAGCAGACUCGAUGUUUUUUAUGCACGAGGGUCUACAGCAAGCUCGAGCUCCUAUUUAUGAUGUUCCAUCCACAAUUGAGGUUCUUCUAACUGGAACCUAUCAGCGCCUGCCUAAAAGCAUAGAAGAUGUUGGUACACAGGGCACAUUAAAUGAGGAGCAACAAGGUCCAGCGAUAAAGAAACUGGACACACUUGUCAGGUCAAAGUUACUUGAAGUUUCACUUCCCAAGGAAAUUACAGAAGUCAAAGUUUCUGAUGGUGUUGUGCUGCUCCGUGUUGAUGGCGAAUUUAAAAUUCUUGUCACACUUGGUUAUAGAGGGCAUUUGUCCAUGUGGAGAAUAUUACACUUGGAGUUGCUUGUUGGUGAGAAGGGCGGGCUCAUUAAAAUGGAAGAAUCGCGGCGCCAUGCUCUUGGAGAUGAUUUGGAACGCAGAAUGGCUGCAUCGGAAAACCCUUUUGCCACAAUGUAUUCUAUUCUUCAUGAGCUCUGUGUUGCUCUUGUUAUGGACACUGUUAUAAGGCAGGUGCAAGGACUGCGGCAGGGCAGAUGGAAAGAUGCAAUUCGUUUCGAACUCAUAUCUGAUGGUAGCAGUGGGCAUGGGGGAAGUUCUUCCACCAUUCAUGGUACUCAAGAUGGGGAUGCUGAUUCUUCUGGGUUACGAACCCCAGGAUUGAAAAUCAUAUACUGGUUAGACCUUGACAAAAGCAGUGGCAUAACUGAAGCAGGGGCUCCAUUCCUAAAAGUUGAACCUGGUCCUGAUUUGCAGUUUAAGUGUUUGCAUAGCACAUUUGUGAUCGAUCCUCUAACUGGCAAGGAAGCAGAUUUUACGCUCAAUCAAAGUUGCAUUGAUAUUGAGAUGCUACUGCUCAAAGCUAUUGGUAGUAAUAGAUAUACUCGGCUACUUGAGAUAUACAAAGAAUUAGAGAAGAAUGGACAGAUCAAUAGAACUCCUGGUGAUGUCCAUCUUCAGUAUCAUUCAGAUGACUGUGAUAGAGAAUCUGGAAAGGGAGAUGACACAUUUGAUAUGCAAAAGCAUGAUGGUGAGGUUGCUCUGCACGUCCGUGCCUAUGGUUCUUCAUUUUUCACUCUUGGAAUAACCAUAAGGAAUGGCCGUUUUCGUCUCCGUUCACCAAAAAAUAUUAUAUCAACAAAGGCUUUGACAGAGUGUGAAGAAGCACUGAACCAAGGAAGUGUUACUGCAGCCAAGGCUUUUAUCAACUUGAGGAGCAGUAGUAUUUUACAUUUAUUUGCAUGCAUUGGAAGGUUUCUGGGUCUUGAGGUGUUUGAACGUGGUUUUACAGCAGGAAAGUUACCUUUGAGCAUUUCAGAUGAUCCAAACUCAUUGUUUAUGGGAUUCCCAGAAUGUGGGGGAUCUUAUUUCUUAUUGAUGCAACUUGACAAAGACUUCAAGCCGUGUCCCAAAUUAAUAGAAGCUCAGGUAGGCUCCUCAGGGAAUGCUGAGCCAGUUAGUGACAAGGCCAAAGCUGUUCGAAUAAAAUCUGUGGAUAUUAGCCGGAUACGUAUCUGUGAAGAUGAACUCAGUUUGAGCCUUAUUUGCCGUAAGGCAUUGCCAAUGCUUAAUGAUGGUAAUUCUAAAGAGAUUCCUGCACAUAGUCUUUCUUCCAACUCCAACUUGGAAGGCAGUCAAUCCAACAUUCCGAUAAGUUUCUCCUCCAUUGUUGAGGAAGUGUUUGAGCUUGAGAAAAGAUCAAGUGUACAGAAUACAUCUUCUACAUUUGGUCUGUCUUCCACAUCCAAUUUUGGUAUGAGCUCUAUGAAUGUCAUAAAAUCUUCAGCAUCACCUCCUAGCUGGGAAGGAGCACAAUCAUCACAAACUGCUUUGGGGAAUUUGAAGAGAUCAAUGCAAUCCAGCUCCAGCGAUUCUCUUGCCCCUAAUUUUGUCAGAGGGAUGGCUGUGAAAAAAAUGAAUGCUUCGAAGUCAGAUCAAGAUUUAACUUCUAUGAGAUCUCUACAGGCUGGGGGGUUUGGUUCUAGUGGUGCAAUGGAUGAUAAUCGGAUGACAGCAGCUGGACUCCCCCCAGCUCAUAUUUUAUCCCCAUCCCAGAGCACUGGUUUAGCAGCCAGUGCGAAAUCUAAUGAACCUAAGAGCCUGCCUGUUGGUAUAGCAUCACGGAGCUUUGAUUCUGGGUCUAACUCAUGGAUUGCUUCUCCCGUAUCUUCCACACUUGAUUAUUCUGGUCUUGAGAACUCAAAGCAAGAAACUGGUCUUCAACACAACAGAACAUCAAGAAAGCGAUCCCUGUCUGAUAUGUUAAAUUCCUUUCCAUCACUUAGUGUAGAAAUCAAAGAACAAUCUAAUAAAAGGAGAGCAUUAGGAGUGUCACAGUCUCAUAAUCCUUCUGGACAGUUGCUUGUUUCACGCAGUCAUACUGGUAAAGCAGAGGGGUACGUUUUGGCAAAUUUCAUAGCUGAUGCAAACAUGGGAAAAGCUUCUCCGUGCAUUUAUGUAUCAGCGCUACUUCACAUAGUUAGGCAUUGCUCCUUGUGUGUCAAACAUGCGCAGCUGACUAGCCAGAUGGAUGCACUUGACAUCCCUUAUGUUGAAGAAGUUGGUCUAAGAAGUGCAUCAUCAAACUUGUGGUUUCGUCUUCCUUUCUCUGGAAUUAAUACCUGGCACUGUAUAUGCCUGAGGCUGGGUAGACCUGGUAGCUUGCAGUGGGAUGUCAAAAUUAUCGAUCCCCACUAUAAAGAUUUGUGGGAGCUUCAGAAAGGGAGCAAUACCACACCAUGGGGAUCUGGGAUUCGCAUAGCUAAUACAUCUAAUGUAGAUUCACAUAUUCGAUGCGAUUCUGAAGGGGUUAUAUUGAGCUACAGUUCGGUGGAGGCUGAUAGCAUUAAGAAGCUAGUUGCUGAUAUUCAAAGACUUUCAAAUGCUCGGAGUUUUUCCCUUGGGAUACGUAAACUCCUUGGUGCAAGGACUGAUGAAAAAGUAGAUGAUAGUGUAGUAACUUUAGAUGGCAAAGCUUCAGCUGGGUUGAAAGCUGUGACAGAGGGCUCUGAAAAGUUUACUGAACAGAUGAGACGAGCAUUUAGAAUUGAAGCUGUUGGGUUGAUGAGCUUGUGGUUUAGCUUUGGUUCAGGGGUUCUGGCACGCUUUGUUGUUGAGUGGGAAUCUGGUAAAGAAGGCUGCAGAAUGCAUGUUUCUCCUGAUCAACUUUGGCCCCAUACCAAGUUUCUAGAAGAUUUCAUCAAUGGAGGUGAAGUUGCAUCCCUUUUGGAUUGCAUCCGACUGACUGCUGGACCGUUACACGCUCUUGCUGCUGCUACUAGACCUGCCCGAGCUGCUCCUGUGUCAGGGGCUCCUGGCAUUUCUGCAUCAAUAUCUUCUAGUAUGAAGCAGGCGGGAUAUACACCAUCUCAGGCUUUGCCCAGCAAUUCUAACACAAACACCAGUCAAGCCACAUCCGGUCCAGGAAUUAAUCCCGGCGUAACUUCACCACCAGGCCCUACUGCAACUCAUAACAGCCCUACAGCAGCAGUGUUGACGGCGGCAGCGGCCGCAGCAGCAGCAGCUGCUGCUGGAAGGGGUGGUCCAGGAAUUGUUCCCAGUUCAUUGUUGCCUAUUGAUGUUUCUGUGGUACUAAGAGGCCCAUAUUGGAUUAGGAUUAUAUAUCGCAAAAAUUUUGCGGUGGACAUGCGGUGUUUUGCCGGAGAUCAGGUCUGGCUGCAACCAGCUACCCCACCAAAAGUCGGCCAACCCAUUGGAGGAUCGCUCCCAUGCCCGCAGUUCCGACCUUUUAUCAUGGAACAUGUCGCUCAGGAACUGAAUGGCAUAGAUUCAAAUUUCACCGGCUCUCAACAGGCUCUUGGAAUGUCUAACUCAAAUCAUCCUAAUCCUAAUUCGGCUCCGCAGCUACCGGCUACCCCUGGCAACAGAACUAACCUUGGCAAUGCUCCUGCACUCUCUCGACCAGGAAACGCAAUGGCUAAUCUGCGAAUGGGAAAUGCUCUUCCAGGAGCGCCGAACUUGCCAAUGGUUAAUCAACUACGCCGGUCACCCGGGUCUGGCGUACCUGCUCAUGUUCGAGGAGAGCUGAAUACUGCAAUAAUUGGCCUUGGGGAUGAUGGAGGCUAUGGCGGUGGAUGGGUCCCACUUGUGGCGCUUAAAAAGGUCCUUAGAGGUAUUCUUAAGUAUCUUGGAGUGCUCUGGCUCUUCGCACAAUUACCGGACCUUUUAAAAGAAAUCCUCGGAUCGAUUCUGAAGGACAAUGAAGGUGCAUUAUUGAAUUUGGAUCAAGAACAGCCGGCCUUGCGCUUCUUUGUCGGGGGUUAUGUGUUCGCCGUAAGCGUUCACAGAGUUCAACUUCUUCUCCAAGUCCUCAGCGUGAAAAGAUUCCAUCAUUCGCAACAGCAGCAGCAAAACCCGGCCGCUUCCCAGGAGGAGUUAACUUCGUCCGAAAUAGCCGAGAUAUGCGACUACUUCAGCCGUCGUGUUGCGUCCGAGCCUUACGACGCAUCUCGGGUUGCUUCAUUCAUUACCCUCUUGACGCUACCGAUUUCGGUCCUGAGAGAGUUUCUGAAACUCAUCGCAUGGAAGAAAGGGUUGUCUCAAGGGCAAGGGGCUGAUGCGGCCCCUGCUCAGAAAUCUCGGAUCGAAUUAUGCCUCGAGAAUCAUAUGGCGCCGAGCAGAGACGGCGGCAACUCCUCGUCUGUAUCGAAAAGCAACAUUCACUAUGACAGGGCCCACAAUGCCGUCGAUUUUGCGCUGACGGUGGUUCUCGAUCCUGCCUACAUACCUCACAUAAAUGCUGCCGGUGGUGCGGCUUGGUUGCCGUACUGUGUCUCCAUCAGAUUGAGAUACUCAUUUGCCGAUAACCCUACUGUGACAUUCCUUGCGAUGGAGGGCAGCCAUGGAGGGCGCGCUUGCUGGCUCCAUGUCGACGAGUGGGAUAAGUGUAAGCAGAGGAUUGCCCGGACUGUCGAGAUGACCGGAUCUUCUGGCGGGGACCCCACCCAGGGUAGGCUGCGGGUGGUUGCCGAUAGCGUGCAGAGAGCUCUGCACGCGUGCCUUCAAGGGCUGAGAGACACAUAGGAGAUGGCACCACAUUGCGACACAGAGAGAUGGAUGGAUGAAAAUGACAACGCCGAAAGUGAGCUCGGCGGGCCGGGCUGGGCCAUGCCGAGCUUGGUAGUGUUGGAGUUUCUUGUUGGUUGGUGUUUUUCAGGGCAACAAAAGGUGUGGUUGGUUGGUUGGUUUCUUGUUUGUUUGGAAUUUUGACUGAUGGUGAUGAAGUGAAGUUAGGUGUUUUCUUGUAUGGUGUGGUAUGGUAUGGUAUAAUGUACUAUACUGGUGGCUGUGGGGUUGUGCUUCUUGAUGGUGAUUCUGUUGUAUAAUUCAAACUACAAUUUAGGCGUUUCAUCGUUCUGUAAUUAUUAUCAAAAUAGAAUUUUUUUUCUUGAA